AUGGCUGAAAUCUCUGUGGAUUCCGUGUUUAGUGUAGCGGAUGGAGUCUCCGCGAUGGGUGAAAUAGCAACGACUUCUGGUGUCGACGUGCUCAAGAAAUUCGGCUCGGCUGUUCAGGUUGCGGGCGACGCUGUCAAACCUUUUCUCCCACUCAUAGCAGUCGUCACGGUAACCAUUACUGAAAUCAUAAGAAUAUAUGAUACAGCUCAGCAUAACAAAAGAAUGUGUGGAGCCAUGCACGAUCGAGUGAUUAUGGCGCAAGCUGCCAUCAAGUUACUCGAACGUCGGCAGAAGGAGAACGAGGAAAGAUUUAAGCAGCAGAAUUAUUAUGAAUCGUUUUUGAAGUUUGUAGCUUUGCUCAAGAAAAUCAGGGAUUUUCUUCAAGACGUGAGCCAGCUUAAGGGAUUUAAGAAGUUUAAAGAAGCUAGUGCUGUAGAGUCCAUGUUCAAUAAACUUUCGGCAGAAUUUGAUUCUACCAUGAACAUGCUGCAUUUUGCAGUCGCUAUUUCGACCGAAGAUCAACAACAAUUGGACAGAGAGGCUGUUACAAAAGAUUUGGAAGAUAUAAAAGAUUAUCUAAACAAUAUCGAAGGUGGUAUCACUACCAUGGAUCAUAAAAUUAGCUCGGUGCUCGAGGAGAUAUCCAUCAUUAAGGACAAAGUAGCUGCCAAUACAUCAGCAGACAAAUUGAGUCGUACUUAUGAAAUACCACCCGAAGAGUUACAUGAUCCAGUCGAUCGUCGUCCUAACGAUGCUCGCGACAAAGAUAUUACAAGGAAAUCCUACAGGUUCCAAGACGUCGCCGUAAAGAAAUUUGCCUUACCCGAUAAGAAGACGGAUGAUGGAUUGAAGGUUGCCAAGGAGCUUACAAUCUUAAAGUCUUUGCAAGAGGGACAACGAAUUAUAAAAUUCUACGGAACUUCAGUCGUCGACGGUGCUCGUGUAAUGGUAUUUGAGUGGGCAGAAAAAGGAUCUUUAAAAGAUUACUACGAAGCCACGAAACCUGAAGACUUUCCGUGGGAGUUGAAAUUGAAAUUGGCUCUAGACGUUUGUCGUGGUAUUGCUUUUCUUCACGAGACCAAGUACUUGCACCAUGAUAUUCGCUGCCAGAACGUGUUGUUGACAGACGAUUUUGUAGCAAAACUUGCAAAUUUUAAGCUUAGCCGAGGAUUCAAUGAUAAAUCAACUGCGAUAAAGAUAUUUGAUCAUCUUCCCUGGUUAGCUCCUGAGAAACUAAGGGUAUUAGGCAAGGAAGAUAAAGAAAGAGUACCGUAUACUCAGAAAUGUGAAAUCUAUAGUUAUGGCCUGCUCCUUUGGGAACUUGGACACCAGAAAAUACCAUUCAAGGGAAUGAGCCCGAGCCAAAUUGAAGCACAUGUCUUGGCUGACAAGCGAGAGUCAUUCUAUUGGGAGCUCGGUCCAUUCCAACAGGGAUACACCAAGAUAGUUCGUGAUGCCUGGCAAGGAGAGCCGCGCCUGCGUCCAACUAUUUCCGAAUUAUUUUUGGAACUCAACAAACUUCAGCAGACAUUCUUCCCAACGACGCGUACUCCAAAUUUCAAACCGGCCACUCCACCGGCUACGGAAAUUUCUGCAUUAACCCUAGACUCGCCAGCCCUUGGUGACACUUACAGAAAUGCGGAAGAUCAUAGAAAAUCUGUCUCGUUAAACCUGCCUAGUGCUGAUUUACCACCUGAAUUCGAAUUCGAAUUGUUCGUUCCUGUCGAGGAAAUUAUUCCUCUGGACGAAGGUAUCACGGCGCAUAGAGAAGGUAAUAAAGAGAAAGCUUGGAAAUGUUUCGAGGCUCACGCCAAAUUAGACAAUCCCCAGGCUAUAUAUUGGAAAGGAUACUACUUAUGGGAAGGAUACGUUGUUGCAAAGAAUAGAAAAGAAGCAGCUCAACUGUUCAAACAGGCCGCUGAUGAUGGUAUUGCCGAUGCCCAGUUACGAUAUGCAUUCUGCAUGGUCAACAGCGAAGGAAUCAAGUUUGAUAAAGAACAGUUCAUGCAUUAUUUAAUCCUUUCCGCUGACAAUGGAAAUCCGUCAGCACGUUACAACCUGGCAGACGUUUAUUUGAACGGAAAAUUGGGUAUUCCAAAGAAUGAGCGAGAAGGUGUGAGGUAUUUGAGACUUGCAGCUCUCAAGGAUCAGCCGAAAGCACGGGAGAUGUUAAAGGCUUUGAAGGCAAAGGGUGUAGAUGUUGGGGAUCUUGAUGACCUUUGA